UCGACAGUGAACAUCGGCAAGAUUUGUCAAGUGCUCACAGUCUUUUGGCUUGGAAUUCUCACCCUUCGACUCCACCGAACACCGACGCCAUGGUCCGCUUCCUGCUCGGUUCCUCACGAUUGCGACGAUCACGUGAGAGCUGGACGCUGCGAUGCUCACAAACGCCCGGCAGGCGGCGGCAUUGUGCUUCAUCGGCGCGUGGCGUCUUGGAACGCGGACCGGCUCAACAAAUACACGAUGAGAGAAGUUGACGUGUCUCGGAGUGAUGUACUCGACGCUUUUCAUCGGCGGACUCAAUUUCGGUGCUGACAAUGUGGCGGACGCUGCUUGUUUUGGGACACACGCCGGCCGCCAGCACGACGGCAUCUGCAGCCCAUUAAAAAGGCAUUCUCGCUUCUCCUGCCAGAGUGGGCGUGUCCUCACCAAACCUCGCUUUAACUUCUCCCCGGACUGAGACGUCUCGAGGGAGUAGCACUACUUUGACUUUGUCAUCGUCUCGCCUUCACGAGGGCGAGAAGGCGUGGAAGUGCGCCGUUGACACCGCGGAGAGCAAAAAGAGACGUUACGCAAGAGCGAGGAGGCGCGUGUCCAGGGCGGAUGUGCGGCGCUCAACCUUCGAAAUAAAACACGGGACACUCGCGUCCAUUAGGUCAAAAGCGGAUCCGCUCCAAUCGGCGUACACAGCGCCGUGACGUAUUCUGUUUCGCAUUCGUGUUCAAAUGGCGACCUUAUUCGACUUCCUGCCAUCUAAUGGAAUCGCAUUGAAUUUCCGAUGGCACCCCUGACGACCUCUCACCCCGGUUGGGAAUCACAGCGUUGGUCGGUAUGCGCGACCUUUAUACUGAAAGGUCGAGGGGAAGCUCGAUGUUUUUGAUGUGAGCGUUCCCACAGCCCAAUCUCGCAGCAGCCAUCAGAUCAUCAGCGUCAAGUAGAGGACCAAGUUUCGGUCAAAGUUUCAGACCUUGUCGAUCAUUGACGGGAGCAGCCAGUGGGCGAUCGGAUCUUUUAUGUUAUUGAGCAGUUGCUGCUUUGCUUUGCAGCAGCAGCAACUUCUCUCGCCCUUUUCGCGGACAGGCAGCGGAAGUGUGAGAAGUGGGGAAGUUGUUCGGGGAUGUAGCGGUGCGGCGGUGCGGCGGUGCGGGUUGGGGAGCGAGAAGAAGGGCAGCAAACUCGGGAGGAUUCGCUUUUCAAAUUGGGCUCCCCGCAGGGAAGAGAGCCUGGAGGCCGGGGGCAUGGACGCCCACGUUAAGGAGGGCCGACUUUACGUGCAGCAUCAAAAGUUUGGCAAGAAAUGGAAGAAGAACUGGUUCGUCCUCUACCCGGCCAGCCAAAACGGCAUCGCCCGCCUCGAGUUCUUCGACUCGUCCGGGUCGGGAGGCGCGGGCGGCGGCGGCUCGGGUGCCAAUUCCAACGAGAAGACCAGAAAGCUCGACAAGAAGAUUAUCCGCCUGUCCGAGUGCAUCUCCAUUCUGCCGGCGCUGACGGAGACCUGUCCCAAAGACAACAUGGCGGCGUUCUGUGUGGAGACCAACGACAAGACCCACGUGUUUGCUACUGAGAAGAAUGCCGCCAAGGAGUGGAUGGAUACCAUGUGCGACAUUGCCUUUCAGGGUGGCGGCGGUGGCAAUGGGGAAUCUGACGGGGAAUCUCAAGACCUGAAGAUGUCGGAGAACCUCAUCUAUUACUCUCGAGAGAACGCGAACGAGUUCUGGGUGAGCGUUCAGCGAACGGAGGCUUCGGACCGCUGCGGGCUGGCAGGCGACUACUGGCUGAAAGCUGAAAGCGACGCCCUGGUCUUGAGGGAGCCCAACACCGAGAGCGACGUCUUUCUCUGGCCGUACAAGCUGCUGAGGAGAUAUGGACGAGACCGGGUGAUGUUUUCCUUCGAGUCCGGGCGCCGCUGUGACUCGGGCCCCGGUAACUUCACCUUUGACACCAAGCGAGGCAAUGAGAUCUUCACGCUCGUGGACCGGGCCAUCAAGUCCCAGAAGGCCCUGGCUGAGGAGCGUCCCCUCAGCUGCCCCGUCUACUUCGACCCAGAGUGCCCGCCGUCUCUGCAGCACGUACGCAACGCCGGCGUCACGGCACCCGGAAGCGGCGACAGCAGCAGCUGCAGCAGCUGGGAGGCUGACGGCGAUUCGGGUGGCAGCAAGCCGGGCUCCGCAGACGGUGUGCUCUGGAAGAGAGAGGCAGGAGAUGGAGGAGGAGGGGCGAGAAGGCACGCGAGCGGCGGUGCCGAUAAACACAAAGGGCGGAGUUUACCGGAACUGCCGGCCAUACUGGUGGGGGCUUCGAGCGGAGGCCAGGGCGUGGCGAAGCGUCCUUCCGCGCCCGACGAACAAGCCGCUCUUUAUUCAGAGCCGAUCGACGCCGUCCGUCUGUCUCUGCACGCGGCCGACGGCCUCUACUCUGACCCGGUGGACGUCCUUGCCUCCGCGCCACUCGUGCACCCCCCUCGCCUGCGACCGGCGGGUGACGAGUCUUCUGGAGGUGGGGCUCAAAUGGAGCAUCGCCUUGGGGGCGGUAACCACAGGAAAGCCCAGGACCUAUAUUCCCACAUGUACGACCGCAUCGGCCUGGAACUGAGCCAGAAGACCGGCGCAUUGAGUCUGAAAGGGGCCGCGAGGUGCGGAGGCAGAGGGGCGAGCGGCAAGCGAACCCCCGGAGGGCAAGCAGAGGGAGCUCUGUCGCCCCCUGUCACUUCUCUGGAGCAUAUCUACGACGAACCGGAGGGUUUUGCCAAAGGAAUUUUGAACUCCGGCAACACGUCGGGGACGAGUGUUUACAACGGAGCCCGUUUGGAGCCUCACAGCCAGAAGAGGCAGGAGGAAGCGGCUUCGCUGUCAGCACCGGAGGGAAAUUAUAGCACCGCCACCCAUGGAGAGUCUUCAGAGUCCCACAAGUAUUCUCCCCUGAACCGUGGAGGACAACCUCCGCCGGCUCCAAAGUGGCCCAAACCCGUCACCGCUCCCAAACCCGGCAGGGGCAAUUUUGCUCGGAAGGAGCCCGUGCCGUUGCCCGCGGGGAAACACGGCGAGCCGGUCGAUAAUGUCGUCAACAACAACAACAACAACAACAUUAGGGGCAGCGAGGGCCGAGGCGACGGGGAGCUGUACAGCAAAGUCUCAAAACCUUCCAAGUUGUGGUCAAGUCGGUCCAAACCGACACCAGUGAGCUCCCCUGAUAUCAUCUAUGACAACUUGGGAAACAUUUGACCGUUGCCUUUGCGAGGAUCUGAGUGCUCAAAAGAUAGCUCUAUAUUUUGAAAAAGCAUUCUUUUCAUUUGUGUUUAUCCAUCGAACGGAGACCCGCGUCCCUUUUGGUGAACGAGGUGGCGAGAGCGCUCUGGACUGCGGCGACGCAAGCCACCGGUGCGCUUAGACUUCAGAUGGCGCAACGAGCCACCCGAAAGAGUGGCUUGGCUCUUUUCUCUCCGCAAAAUGAGACCAGGAGAUUUUCAUUUACGUUUUCGUCAGCUGAAAUGCCAGCAAUCCUGGGAGAUUUACUCCCGAGGCACUAAUACCGGAGGCGCUUUCGUCUUGGUGGAAACCACAUGGUGGAAACACUUUCCCGGGUUUCACGCAUUGCAAACUCAAGCCGCAUAAAGGGCUCGCGUGUCUGUUCAACUGAAAGGGGAAGUCGCUUCCAUGUUAUUCGACUCAUCAUUUCAUUAUUGGCGACAUAAGAGACUUUGCAACGACCUGCAAUAUAUGCGUAUAUGUACGGAACAGCUGGGCUGUCUAUAAGUAUAACUAACAAUAAACAAUAUCUUGAAAAGGUU